UUGUCUUUUCGAAUGUUGCAAUAACCGCGCGCGACGCUCGUCGUGAGAAGGUGACAGCUAGCGGCUAGCAGCUAGCAGCUAGCCGACCGGAAGCUAAACAUUCUCGCAGCUGAACUAACCUAGCUAGCUACCAGAAGGAAAACUUUGGUCGGUCACAACGAGCCAGCUACGCGUGUUUACUGCUCUCACGUAAUGGCGACAGUGUCUCCCGAAUUUAAUUUGGGGAGUUAAAACGUGUUGCUCGUUAGGUAACGCUAGCUAGUGGGCGUCAACGGACGUUCGCGUGACCUGGUUCCCGUCCGGUGGCCCGGGUUCACAGUUAACGUUACUUGGUUGUAUCUGGAGCCGUCUAGCCGGUAAGCCUGAGCCUCCAGCCCUGGGAUUAUGGUGCAACCAGCCUGCGGCUCAUUAUGUUUGUCAUCCAAUGCGUCUCAAGAAGCAGCACCGUAAACAGCCAGGCAUCAUGGGCAACACUAGUGACAGAGUGUCUGGAGAUCGGCAUGGAGCCAAGGCCCACCGCUCAGACAGCAGCGGCAGCAGCCACAAAGACCAAGAACCCAGCAGCAAGAUGGUUGACAGCACAGACGACCCCAACAUCUUCAACACCCAUGGGACAGAGUCGAAGGCGUUAGGAGAGAAAGAAUCAGAUCUGGGUGACCAGGUGAAAACUGGUCCUCAGGCUCGACCCACAGUCAUCCGCUGGGCUGGAGGGGGAAAGGAGGUCUUCAUAGCUGGUUCCUUUAAUAACUGGAGCACAAAGAUACCACUAAAUAAGAGCCAUAAUGACUUUGUAGCGAUCCUGGACCUGCCAGAGGGAGAGCACCAGUACAAGUUUUUUGUAGACGGACAGUGGGUCCAUGAUUCCUCAGAGACGGUUGUGACCAGUCAACUCGGCACCAUCAACAACCUGAUCCAGGUGAAGAAGUCUGACUUUGAGGUGUUUGACGCCUUGCAUGUUGACUCUCUGGAGAGCUCGGACACAUCAGAUCUGUCUAGCUCCCCUCCAGGUCCAUAUGGACAGGAGCAGUACAGCUUCAGGCCUGAUGAGCAUUUCAAAGCACCACCUAUACUCCCUCCUCACCUCCUCCAAGUCAUACUCAACAAGGACACCAAUAUAUCUUGUGACCCUGCCCUGCUGCCCGAACCCAACCACGUAAUGUUAAACCACCUGUACGCCCUCUCAAUUAAGGAUGGAGUAAUGGUGCUGAGCGCUACUCACCGAUACAAGAAGAAAUAUGUCACCUCCCUGCUUUAUAAGCCUAUCUAAACCACAACUUGGCAGCUCAACAAAGGGCUCUGAACAAAAGUAGCAGAGUGCUGGAGAGAGAGGAAAACCAUACUGUGGCUUUUUACCUGUGACAUCUACAGAUAGAUAAGAGACUGACUACAUAACUGUGUGUAUUUGAGUGUUUCCUGCAUGUUGGUGUGUAUAACGAGGAAAAGGUUGAUCUUUUAAGGAUACGUUUCUGUUAUGGUCAUUUUAAGGAUGUUCUCCUAAAGUGAGGGGUUUUGAGUGUUCUUUGUGUGGAUCAACAGUUUGAUUUUUAAAGUGUUGUGUCAUCGUAUUCUCGGUGAACUGAUUUGAAUUACGUUUUGAACUAAAUGACCUGCCAGUAUUUAUGGCAAGUGCAUGUCGAACAACAGAAUUGUCUAGAUGCUGAAGAGAGCAGCCGACUUGGCAUUGGUUGAACAUGAAGUGCAAUAACGUGCUGUAAAGAGAACUUAACUCAACAUAGACUCACAAACAUGAUGAGGGGGCGGCGAACAACAUCAUAUUUGUCAGUAUGUAUUACAUAUAAUAUUUAAUUUCUCACAGUUCAGCUAUCAUGGAAUUUAUUCCAUGAACUAAACUAUCAUUAUUGGUCACUGUAGAUGGACUAACUGCCUGUUUCAACAGGAAAAGCCCACUUUCCAGAUGGGAAUAGAGGUCAAAGGUCAAUGUUGCCUUUAUCUUGACAUUUUGCGAGCACUUUACCAUCCUGAGAGCAGGAGUGUUGAUAUUUUAAGCUUUUAACUACACAGUAGGCAACUCUUACUGCACUGUAGUUUCUCUGGAUUGUAGAACCCAAUUUGUACUUCUCCUUUUUUAGAUAUAAUGACCUUGCAGUGCUUUUUGUGUGAAUCUGGAUUAUCAAAUAGGAAUGUACUGCAUGUAUCUGUUCCACGUGCAGUCAUACGCAGUGGCGUGUACAGCUAAAUCAGUUUGAAUUUGCUGCUUUGCAUGCAUUGAAUAUCCGCAACUUGUGAGUAUACGACACAUUCACCGAGUUUGGUGCACUUUGGAAGCAGAUCGACCAAAUUCAGAUGGAUUUACAGGCCUGUGAGGAGAGAUAGUUGCCAUGAAUUUAAAAGUUGUACAAUAUUUGCUGACUUGUGUUCUUUAUAGCCAUUAAGAUAUUUUGCAUUUUCAAGGUAUGUAAUUUGAAUUUGUGUCAAGUGCUGUUUAAUAAUCCGCAGCUACAAUAUGCAUCAUGUUGACACAGACUAAUAAAAGGGGCUUUCAUAACUCCUGUUGGUAUUGAACUAGAUGCUCUGAAUGUUGUGAAUACUGAGCCAAACCAUGAAGUUUUGUCCAAAGAGUUCUUAAGGCUGAUAUGAAAAGAUAUUUAGGACAAGUGCCAAGGCGGCGUGGUGUUUUAAGGCUAAAACCCAAAACUUUACAACCGUUUCAUGAAUGUUUUACAAUGCUUUGCAGAACCAGUGUGGGGAUUUUACUUCUUUCCAAAUAAAGAGUGGACACCCUGGUCCUAA